CCCGCCUCAAAAUUUAUUCCCAGCCCAAUUCAAAAUUGAACUUCUCUUGCGCCUCUCUCUUAUCCGAACGCUGAAGUGCGGAACGCUCUUGUGCGAAGAACGAAUAACGAAGAAGCGGAAGAUUGGGAAGAACGAAGACGAACUCACGAGCCUGGACCCUGCGACGAAGACGCGACAAACAGGAAUAGGAGAACCUCAGACCGCCAGCUGCGCCGCCGUCCCCGUCCACUCCGGCUCUCCGCUCUCCGCCUUCCGAACCCGGUUCUGCCUGGCCGCCUGGGCUCUGUCUCCAGCUCCGCUGCUCCAGCUUCCAGGUUCAAGAUGGUUGCGACGCUGUUUGAAGAUAUUUUCACAGUAACUGAAAUAAAUCCAGAGGGGAAAAUAUUCAAUAACGUUGAUCGCAUCGUGGCAAAGGGCAACCAGUUUGAAAAGACUAUGGUAUUAGACGUGAAUUCACAGAUAUAUCACAUUGACGUUAAGGAUAAACUUAAGAUUGUUCUGGUCUCCACUAUAAAUUUGGAUGGGACUCCAGAUUCGGGUUACUAUCUUCAGGGAAACAGGAAAUCACUUGCUGAUGACUAUGAGUAUGUUAUGCAAGGAAAGCUAUACAGGAUACCUGAGGGAAACUCGCGGGAUGAACUGCUGAACCUUGAUAUGCUAAUCCUGACCCAAUUAUGAGGUGACAUCUCCUGCAGAAAAAGCCACAUGAGUUAAUAAUUUGAAAAAGGAGGCUAAUAGUUUCGUUCGGUGGGCUUCUGAUGGAACUGAGUGCUGACUCAUCAAUAGCUGCUAAAUUUGAGCUUGAUCAGAGGCUGUUCAUUCUAAUCAGAAAGAUAAAAACAAAUAGUCUCUACUGAGAUCUUUCUUCUUCAGUCAUGCAUUCAAGCAAGUCCGACUAUGGAAUGUUAAAACUCUUGAGCAUUUGCAUUGUCUAUCAUAAAAAUUAUGAAGUGCUUGAUUGCAUUUGAGUUUUAGUUGGAAAAUUGGCUUGUGAUGAUGAAAGUGGGUAAAG